AUGACUGAAUGGAUUUGGGUGGCCUACACAGUACUAGAAGUGCUAAUUGCAGUGGCAUGUUGCCUUGGAAACCUGUUGGUAAUGUGUGCAGUAUGUGCUGGUAUCCAGGAUUCCCUUUGGGAGCCAACUUUUAGCUUCCUGGUUUCUUUGGCAGUGGCUGACUUCUUAGUGGGUGUAGCUGCCGUGCCUCUGGCUGUACUGUUGGAUGGCUGGGUGAGUCUGACCCCUGACCUGUGCCUGCUUCUCAGCUGCAUUGUGCUCGUUUUGACUCAGGCCUCCGUCCUUUCACUGCUGGCUAUUGCCGUGGACCGAUACCUGCGGCUGCACACACCUCUCAGAUAUAAAGUUCUGGCCACACAGAGGCGCACAUGGUUGGCUGUGUCCGUUUGUUGGAUACUCUCAUGUCUACUGGGGUUCACCCCCUUGUUUGGGUGGCAUAACUACACCUCUCUAGCCUCCGACACCACCAAUGCGUCUUCCACUGCCUUCAUUUCUCCACCUUGUACCUUCCUCUCAGUUGUGUCUCUCCCCUUCAUGGUCUACUUCAACUUCUUUGGAUGUGUCAUGGCUCCUCUGCUGGUCAUGACUAUCCUAUAUGCUAAAAUCUUCUGGAGUUUGCAAGGACGUUUGAAGACGAGCUGUCCUCCUCAAGCGCAGGCCUUCCUGCUCAGGGAGAGGAGGCUGGCCUGCUCCCUGGCUCUGGUUCUCAUUUUGUUUGCAUGCUGCUGGAUGCCUCUGCACCUGAUGAACUGUUUCCUGCUGUUCCAGGGUCCUGAAGCCGUGACGCAGGGAUCACUUUAUGCAGGUAUUCUCCUGUCCCACGCCAACUCAGCGGUCAACCCUGUGGUCUAUGCUUACCGCAUCCCAAAGAUCCAGCAGGCCUACAGUCAAAUUUGGAAGCGCCUCCUACUGAAACUAAACUGUUGCCAUGAGAACAAAUGAGUUCAGAGGUCUGUAACAAGAAGUUAAUCCAAAUUCACAUGUGGGGAUGAGAACGGAGUGUUUGUGGGACUCAGCACAAAGUCUAUCACUGAGCCGAUUCUGGAGCCAAGUCGAGUUUGAAAUGAAAAAGUGUGUGAUGUUGAAGGCUGGUAUAAAAUCCUUCACAGUCUGGGAUUCUCCAUCUUAUAAAAGCAAACUUUAUUGGUCAGGCAUUUCUUCAGGACUCCACUAGAUGGUGCCAUGUACCGAGGAAUACAAAAGCUGCAUUUCAAACAGAAUUGAAAUUGUGUGAGCAAAUAAGUACAUGACAUUCACAGAUUUGUUUCUGACAGCUGGUUUGAAAAUACAAUGCUUUUAUUGAGUUGUACAUAUAAGCAGGUAUCUACAUCAGCAGGUUACAGCUUCGGCUAAGAUCUGCAGUGAAUUAAACAUUAAUCCUU